CCCUAUCAUCCCCUUAUCCUCGAGCCCAAGCAGCAAAACGCGAGCAGAGAGCGCAACACGAAGAUGGCGACGAUGUCCCUCGCCGCGGCCUCACCCCUCACCGCCUCCACUCCCCACGGCCUCGCCGUGUCCGCGCCCCGAGCGCCAUUCCUCGGCCUCCGCUCAUUUGGCGCGCCGGCGACGCGGUUCGCGGGACUGGCGGCGGCGCCGCGGCCGUCGGGGAGGGGCGAUGCGGCGGUGGUGAGGAUGGCGAAGAGGGAGCAGGAGCUGGAGGAGAUACGGGCCAUGGAGACGGAGAAUCUGGAGCAGGAGGUGGUGGACCUGAAGGGGGAGCUCUUCCUGCUCCGCCUCAAGCGCUCCGCGCGCCAGGAGUUCAAGUCCAGCGAGUUCGGCCGCAUGCGCAAGAGGGUUGCUCGUCUGCUGACUGUGAGAAGAGAAAGGGAAAUUGAACAAGGAAUCAACAAAAGAAAUUCUAGGAAGCUUGACAGGAAAUGGAAACUGGGUAUUGUGGUUGGACCACCACCAUCUCUAAGGGAGAAGAAGGAGGAGGACUAGAAAACAGCAAAAACAGGCAAUUUGCACAAGUCAUUUCACCCCUUAUAAUGGUUUGUUUUGUAAUCCAGAGUACAGCUUUCAAGUCCUUGCUGUUAAAACCAGAACUCAUGUUACCAUUUUUGUGUGUAAAUCUCAGUUUUAUUUGAAAUUUCUGCUACUUCUUUCUGUGUUAACUGUUUAUGUUCUUGUAUAAUUGACAUAUGAAACUCUACGUGUAAGGAGUUUAUGCUAUUCGUCGUCAAGACUAAGUAGCACUC